AUGGAUAGGCAAUUCUCGAGACGAGACGCUAAGCCCAUGGGCGCGCGGGGAUUGAGGAAAACCGGCACCGUGUCAGGACCGCAUUCCGAAAUGUCCGAGGGUAUGGCGCGUAAGGAGGCUGAACGAUAUAUGUAUCGAGCACCUGCGUGGGGUUCUACGAGCAAUUCGACUGUCGAAAUUGAGGACGUGAAUGCGCGGGCAUCAUCCUCAGAGACUCCUCCAGCUCAUGUCAUCCUACCCUCCUUAUAUGAAGGGGACUCUCCACAGGAAGAGGCUCCGCCAUCGUUUUUGGAUUCGAGGCUCGAUCCUGUAUAUUCUCUGGAUUCACAUUUCUCCGAUCUGUCGCUUAAUCAGCGCGCCGAUACUUCGCGCUUACAAACUCCCAGUAUUGUAGAGGAAGAUGAUGUCGACGACGCCAACGAAGAACAGGAACACGAAUACGACGAUGAAGAUCGCAAUGGUGCAGUGCAAGUAUUGACCGACAACAGGCCGAUCAUCGUCAACACACACUCUGCUCCAGCGAUUCAAGGGAACUUCUCUGUUGAUGCUUCGGCGAAUGAUCCCAAUCCAGUGAGGCCGUCUCUAAACCCACAUCAACGUUACUCUCUCCCCGUCUCCAUGCACCAACCUGCAUCCCAUAGCCAUUCCACUUUCGUCCCCUCAGCGCCACCCAACUUCAUGGAGGAGGGCCCACGCAUCCUCCCCCCUGCAGGACUGUUUGAUCACAAAAUGGCCUACGGAAAUCAAGAUCAUCGCUCGGUACCGGUUUCGGCAUUUUACAACUCUACGGUCGGAACUUCGAUGAUGAAGCUCGGCGCUUUUCAGAGUAAACCGACGAGAGAUCGGACUGGGGGAAUCACGGUUAUGCCGGGAUCGGAUCGAGGGAUGACGCCCAGUUUGAAUUCGGGUGUGGACCCAAUGAGCCCGCCAAGGAGCGCAAGUCCAACUAUCUCAUUGCGGAGUACAGGGAAUAGUACGGGGACUGGAGUCAUGGUUGAUGGAAGUAAUCCUCACUCGCCCGUCAGUGGAGGCACAUCAAGCCCCGCUAACUCCACAUUGCACGGCAGAACCGCCUCGGCUGUCUUCGGCGGUGUUCCUAGUUUCGGCAGAGGGAUGCCAAGUCCUCACACACCACCCAACGCAUAUCCGCCUGUGCCUAAUCGGCAACCUCGUGUACUAGCGCCUCUUGCACCGGGAUUUGUGCCUGGGCAAACCCAGCUUGGGGGGAAUCAACACCCGAAUUUCACAAUGUCACCGAAUGCCGUCGCGCGCCCCAGUGGGGCUUUACUGCAGGGCCAAUUUGGGCAGCAGGGCUUGCCGUACGCCGGACAGAGAAAUGCGAAUCUUUAUGGGCUAGAUACGGGAUUGGGUCCCUGGGGAUGA